CCACAGAUUUGCUUUAAAAUGAUAAAACAAAUCUCCACCAUCCAUUAUUUGCUUUGAAAAUAAAUUAAAAUUUUAAAAUUUUAAAAAUCAAGUGGAUGCUUGAGAUUUGGUUUCUAUAUAAUCCAUGACAAACCCUUCAUCAAAAACCUCUUUCCCCUUCACUCAUAUUCUCUUCCUUAUCCCCAAAUCCUUUGUUUUAUUAUCUGUUUGCUCUUUAUAUUUAGAGAUCUCCUCUGUUUGUUUUUGAUAACAUAUUCAAAAAUAGAACUCCUUCUCCUCCUUUGUUUCUCUGUUAUAUAUCAUUAAAAACUGAGAAUUUGAUGAUCGGAAACUGAUGACUCCCGUUCUCUGCGAAAUCUUGCUCUCGGGGCUCACGGUUAAAUCUGCUCUCUGCCGUAGAACCCAUCUCGUUCAAUCUUUCUCCGUCGUCUUCCUUUACUGGUUUUACAACGUUUCAUGAAUUGCUGAAAACUCCCAAAACUAAUCUUUAAAUUAAUUAUUACAUCAUAUAUUCAUUAUUUUCAGACAAAUCUAAAACCAACCAAAAAACAAACAAACUGUCCUUUCUUUUGUUCUUGUAAUAUUCUUGUAAUAAAAUGGCGUCAUCAAGCAGCACAUACCGGAGCUCGAGCUCCUCCGACGGCGGGAAUCCAUCUGACUCCGCCGUUACCGUCGACGAGCGGAAACGCAAGAGAAUGCUAUCGAAUCGUGAAUCUGCACGUAGAUCAAGGAUGCGUAAACAGAAACACGUCGACGAUCUAACGGCUCAGAUCAAUCAGCUUUCAAGCGACAACCGUCAGAUCUUGACGAGUCUCACCGUCACCUCUGAGCUUUACAUGAAAAUCCAAGCCGAGAACUCCGUCUUGACCGCUCAGAUGGCGGAGCUAAGCACCAGACUCGAGUCGUUGAACGAGAUCGUCGAUCUCGUGACGACGACCAACGGUGGUGGCGAUCAGAUCGACGGCUGUGGGUUCGAUGAUCGAACGGCUCGGAUUAAUUGCGACGGAUAUUACGAUGAUAUGAUGAUGAGUGGCGUUAAUCAUUGGGGUGGUUCGGUUUACACUAACCAACCUAUCAUGGCUAAUGAUAUCAAUAUGUAUUGAAUUAAAAUUAAUUAUAAAAACUAGUAUUAUUGCCCCCUUUA